AGUUUCCGAGCGUUUCCAGAAACAACCGUUAUUCCUACCUCUGUAGUUUGAGGGUGUCUGAGAAGCAUCCUUACCGUGAGAACACGGCUCGUGAGGAUAUCACUUCCGUGUAAGUCAUCAAUCGUUUGGAAAUGGCAGCGCACGACGACGACGCACAAUCUUUGUUCACCAGGCCAUCAGAGAGGAACGAGCUAUUCCGGAAGUUUAUCGACUUCCAUGCCGCGCUUACACUGACCGAACGACGAGUCAGGGGCAAGUCGGUGCUCAACGCAUUCACCGAGCCAGACGGCUUGACUAUCCUGCACGGCCAACUUUCAGCCGCCGAUGUCGCCGCGCAGACAUUCCAGGUCUUCAGCAACGCCCAGCUCGUGCAGGCGAUUGGUCCCGAAGAUGGGACCGGACGCAAUGUCGUGGCGAUCACGAGAAAGGGGGAAUGUGUCGCGGCUGGCGAGUUUGAGGGCUACUUGACGCAGAUUGCGUGGCAGCCACAGCAACAAGCAAUCGGUCUCCCUGAGAUCAAGCAUGUCGCGAAGACUUUCGUCCGGUUUAUAGGUGCGGUGCCUAAUGAUGAAGCAACAGAAAAAGAGAAGAAUAAUCGGGUGCGGUCUUCGAACGCUAGCGCGCUGGGUCCUGUCUCUCCUACGACAUCCUCGCACACGUAUUCGGCUGGAGACGGGGACGAUGAUGAGUAUGUCGCGCCCAAUACGGAGAACAAUGCGCCUGGUCGGGACCCGCUUGCCGGGGUAUCCAACUUUGUCGUUCCGCCCGGCGUGCCUCUCAAGGAACGCACCUUGCAGAACAAGACGUACACCCAUACAUUCACGGGAAGCGACGCCGUUGCUCAUCUUUUGACGCAUACCACAUGCGUGACGGUUGCAGAGGCGCUGCAGGUUGCGAACCUCUUUGUGAGCAAAGGCUGGCUUCAAUUCUUGGAGGACACCGCAACCUCCAACCCGAACAGCAGCGGCUCGGUCUUCAAGGACUCCAGCAAAGUCAUCUAUCGAGUGACGCCCGUUGGAGCCCGGUUCGCCGGGUGGCCGGACAGCAGGGCCCCAACGAUCCGGGACAAUAAAGAGCACACAUCUUUCCUGAAAGGAGGCCUCAAAGGACGGUUGCGCAAGAUGGCUGGCCUCACGGCGUCGGCGGGAAGUUCAGCCACGAGCUCGGGUGGCGAGGAGGGCAGUCUGAUCUCGAAAGAGAAUCUGAACAAAUUCGAUGAUUUCGUGAGGAAGUCGUCUGAGAUGUUGAACGCCGAUCGUCCAGAGGGUUCUGGCGGCAGUCGACAGGGAUCUGCCCAAUUCGAUCAGCAAGGUGGUGCACAGCAGUUCGCCGGUUCGAAGGAAAGCACCAGACGGUCCACCUUGACUGCGGCGGGACAAGGUUUCGGCCAGGACGUUCUUGGUGCGCUGGGCGUAGGCAGUGCCGCCGCUCAAGCCAACAGCGCUGGCACAGGACGUCGCAAGCGUUCAGCUACCAUCGGCACCGAAACGCCCGGCAGCCGAUCCCGUCAAUCCUCCGCGCAGCCGCCCUCGUUCACCGCGUCCCCAUUGCAACAACAAGGAUCCCAGCAAGACGCGCAACGUCCCGGCAGUGGAAUCACCCGAACGGCCCCUUCGUCGUCGGCUAUAAGCCAGAUGGCGUCCGGCACCACCACCACCACCGGGGCCCCCUGGGAAACAGGCAAGGAGAACAACGCCCAGCGUCUCACUACCAUCCUGCACAUCCCUGCGCUCCGGUCCGCGUUCUACGCCUACCUGGGCACGCUGUUCUGCCAGGAAAACUACGACUUCUUGGUAGACGUGGAACGAUUCCGUCUCUGCUAUGAUACCGCAUCCACGUCGUUGAAGACGUUGGACCCACAUGAUCUGUUGAACCCAGACACGAAGGGGAUCGCGGACAACGUGCAGAAGAGCUGUCAAGGAAAUGCACAGAAAUUGAACGAGACGAUGUUCGCCCAUGCCCUCGUGCUCUACCUUAAAUACGUCGCCAAGACAUCCCCGUUCGAGCUCAACAUCCCGUCAAAGGUGCAGAAAGUCUUGACGGCGACUCUGAGCCCGUCGCAAACGUACUUCAACACGAUCACCACCGCCUUGGAUCUGAGCGUCCCGCAGCCCAUCGACCCGACCGGUAGCGCCUUCAAGGCGAUGGUACAGAACCUACCCGCCUCGUUUGGGACACAGGUGGCCGAGACGACCGCGGCGGCGCCCGAGAACGUCGGGUCGUGGAUGUACUCGGCGGCCGAAUCGCACAUCUUCCAGAUGGUGGCAGGCGACUCGGUGCCUAAAUUCACAAAGACCGAGUCGUACAAAUCGCUCAUGGGCAAAGCGUACGAGGACGGGACGUUGUCGAGGAUUCAGUUAUCCCUUGCCGGGCAGCCUGGGAUCUCGGCGGGCGCUGGGAUGGCCUCCGUGCGGAGGAGCAGUGCCACUGUAGCUGCAGAGCCGCCGAAACGGGCUUCGAUUGCGACGGGGGCGACGUACAUCUAUUCGGCGGGUGGGCAAGGAGGAGACAAGUUCGUGCCUCGGGAGGGAAGCGAGGCCGCUCAGCAGCAAAGCGAAGGGGGUGCUGGUAAGCCUGCAGGUAUUCAGCCUACGCCCGCCACAUUAGAAGGACAAUAGAAGGAAGAGGGCGACGCCACCCUCAACCCACCCCUGAGAAGUUCCAUCCUUGAGCCAAAUAACAGUCGUUUUGCGAUUAUGAACGUUCGAAAAUACAGUCGCUACUACAGCUAUGAUGUGGCCAGAUGCAUCCCUCGAAAUCUUUUGUUUCCUUCGAUAAAGUCCAACAAAUGAGCGACGAGCCAGCCUAAGAGUCACAGAAGGUUUUCUUAAGCCAGGAAAUGAAGC